GCUGCCUGGAUGUAUGUAUAUAUUUGUCAGGGAUAAGAGAAGGGUACCAUUUAAUCAAAUAAUACAAACAGGAGCACAUCAGUGAUUUAAAAAAAGAAUUUGCCAUGGAAUAUACCUAUGGAAAACAGAAGAGCAGUGUCAGGAUGUUGAAUUGCUUGGCCCUCAUCACCUUUCUUCAUUUUUUCUCAUGGAAAAGAGUAGAUGGUUGGUCAUAUCAUUACUCUGACACAACUAUGAUCUGGGAAAACGCAAGAAAGUGGUGCAAGGAGCACUACACAGACAUGGUGGCCAUUCAGAAUCAGGGAGAAAUUUCGCAUCUCAAUGAAUAUUUGCCAAGGCAAAGGUAUUACUACUGGAUUGGGAUCCGUAAAAUCAACAAUGUGUGGACCUGGGUUGGAACUCAAAAAACACUAACGGAAGAAGCUAAAAAUUGGGCUGUCGGAGAACCAAACAAUGGGAAGAACAAUGAGGACUGUGUGGAAAUUUACAUAAAGCGGGAUAAAGAUGCCGGGAAAUGGAAUGAUGAAUCCUGCAAGAAAAAGAAAACGGCUUUGUGCUACACAGCAUCUUGUCAGAAGGACUCCUGUGGUCAUGGAGAAUGUGUUGAAACCAUCAACAGUCAUGAAUGUAAAUGCCAAGAAGGCUUCUUUGGAGAAAAAUGUGAACAUGUUGUUACCUGUGAGGUGAUAGACAACUCCAGACUAGGGUCCUGUUCUCACCGUUUUGGGAAUUUCUCCUACGACUCUGCCUGCCAGUUCACCUGUGAAGAUGGAUAUCAGCUGAGUGACUCACGACCAUUAAGGUGUACAGCAUCUGGGAAAUGGUCUGCAGAGCCACCUCUUUGUGAAGCUAUUCAGUGCAAUGAGCUGGUCUCCCCCACAAAUGGUUAUAUGGACUGCGCACAUCCACUUGGCAACUUCAGCUAUACCUCUACUUGUACAUUCUCAUGUGAUAAAGGGCACAGAUUAAUAGCUUCCAACAAACUAACAUGUGGAUCUGCCGGACAGUGGAAUGACAAUCAGCCGCACUGCGAAGCUGUGCGCUGCCCCUUACUGCAGGCUCCCCAGGAGGGCAACAUGAGCUGCAGUGCAGACCCCUCUACAGAGCUGAGCUAUGGCUCCAUCUGCAGCUUCAGCUGUGCAGCUGGCUUCCAGCUGCAUGGAGCCCCCAGCCUCACCUGCACAGAGUCUGCGCAGUGGAGCCAGGAGGCGCCACGUUGUGAAGCUAUCGAGUGUCAGAGUCCAGAGAUGGGCGCUCACAUGGCGAUGGAAUGCACGCACUCUUUGGACAGUCUGAGGCUGGACUCCAGAUGCACCUUCAGCUGCGAUGAGGGUUUUAUUCUCCAGGGAGCAGAGAGUGUGCAGUGCUCUGGAACAGGAGAGUGGAGCGCUGAUAUACCCACUUGUACAGCUAAGAAAUGCCCAUCGCUGGAGGAGCCCGUUGACGGCGGUAUGAUCUGCGCUUCUGAUGAGUUCAGCUUCGGCUCCAUCUGCAACUUCAGCUGCGCAGCCGGCUUCCAGCUGCACGGAGCCCCCAGCCUCACCUGCACAGAGUCUGCGCAGUGGAGCCAGGAGGCGCCACGUUGUGAAGCUAUCGAGUGUCAGAGUCCAGAGAUGGGCGCUCACAUGGCGAUGAAAUGCACCGAAUCUUUGGACAGUCUGAGGCUGGACUCCAGAUGCACCUUCAGCUGCGAUGAGGGUUUUAUUCUCCAGGGAGCAGAGAGUGUGCAGUGCUCUGGAACAGGAGAGUGGAGCGCUGAUAUACCCACUUGUACAGCUAAGAAAUGCCCAUCGCUGGAGGAGCCCGUUGACGGCGGUAUGAUCUGCGCUUCUGAUGAGUUCAGCUUCGGCUCCAUCUGCAACUUCAGCUGCGCAGCCGGCUUCCAGCUGCACGGAGCCCCCAGCCUCACCUGCACAGAGUCUGCGCAGUGGAGCCAGGAGGCGCCACGUUGUGAAGCUAUCGAGUGUCAGAGUCCAGAGAUGGGCGCUCACAUGGCGAUGGAAUGCACCGAAUCUUUGGACAGUCUGAGGCUGGACUCCAGAUGCACCUUCAGCUGCGAUGAGGGUUUUAUUCUCCAGGGAGCAGAGAGUGUGCAGUGCUCUGGGACAGGAGAGUGGAGCGCUGAUAUACCCACCUGUACAGCAGUGAUAUGCCCCUCAAUAGAGAAGCCCAUUGGUGGAAACAUGGUCUGUUCCUACAUCGCCAAAGAGUUCAGUUAUGCCUACAGCUAUGGCUCCAACUGUAACUUCACCUGCCAUGAGGGCUUUGACCUCCAAGGAUCUGAAACCCUGACCUGUAACAUAUAUGGAAACUGGACUGGAGAAAUACCCACAUGUCAAGCCAGACCCGAGCCGUUUUUGAGCACCACGUCAUUGGUUGUGGCAGCAGCGGGCGCUAUGGGGUCCAUUGCCCUGUCCAUUCUCUUGUGGCUUGUGAAGCGAUUUCAGCAGAGAGGUAAAGCAAAACAUUUUGAACUGAAUAGCUCUAUAGACGAAGACAUUCCUCCUCAAGUGUACAAGAACAGCAUUGACAGCCUUAUUUAAAGAUAAUCAUAAAAGCAGGAAUUUGGAACAAUGAGGAGAUUGUACCGUGAGAAUACGUCUGGAAAAAUAUAGAUAACUAAAUGAGUACACUGGUCCUGUCUGCGAAAAACCUACAUUGCCCCAACUAUUUUGUGACUGUGAAGAGCAAUUGUGUGAGAUAUGGGGGCGACAUGGCUCAGGCAGUAAGAGCAGUUGUCUGGCGGUCGGAGGGUUGCCGGUUCGAUCCCCCGCCCGGGCUGUGUCGAAGUGUCCCUGAGCAAGACACCUAACCCCCUAAAUGCUCCUGACAAGCUGGUCAGCGCCUUGCAUGGCAGCCAAUUGCCGUUGGUGUGUGAGUGUGUGUGUAUGAAUGGGUGGAUGAGAAGCAUCAAUUGUACAGCGCUUUGGAUAAAGGCGCUAUAUAAAUGCCAACCAUUUACCAUAUGAGAUAUGUGUUAUGAAAUGGGCUGAAGAAUGACUUCUGUUAAUGUGAAUAUUUAUCAGAUUUUCCAUUACUUUUCCUUCCUAUGGGAGGUAUAAUUCAAAACUUGUAAAUAAAGUGCACAUUGUUCUUCUGCGUACACACUUUUUUGCUUUACACAAUUUUCAGAAAAUCAGAUAUCAGAAUAUAUUACAUCACACAGGUUAAGUUUGUAAGUUGCAGUAUUCCAUAUUUUGUCAUGCUGAACAAUGGGAAAUAAUUAUUCAUUUUGUAAAUAAAUGCUUAUUUAUUUUUUUGUAUCUGUUAUCAGUUCUGGUUGUGUGGACAAAUUCAAAUGUUUUAUAAUAAAUAUUUUUCAAAUUCA